ACAUUCGAUCCAGCAAGAAGCAUAAGUUCCAAAACAGUCAGAGUCUGCCAAAUGUAAAGCGCACAUAAAACACCUAAUAACAGAACCUCCCACUCCAAUAUAGACACUCACUCACACCCAUCCCUUCAAUAUUCCAAAAUUCUAUUCAAUCCAUCACCAGCCCUUCAUUUCCUUCUCUCAGAUCUCACUUCUAAUCCAAUGCUUCCAAUUCCAACAAAUUGAUUUCAAAAUGUCAUCACUCCACAAAUUCAAGGUUUUAGCAUCUCAAUGUGCAGUGGUCUCCGGAACCCCAACUCACAGUCCAACCACUAGUCCAGUCAUCCAUCUCCGCCGCCGCAAGACUCUCCGUAUGCUCCUCUCUCGCACUCCCGAUCAUCAAUACAAUCGCUCCCGCCUCCCUCGCCGCGACGAUCACCGCCAAUCUGAUCUCAAGAAAGAUCCGCCGGAAAAGAAAAGAGUUCGGAGAAAAUUAAAAGAUUUGUUUGUAUCGUCGCCGCCGUUAGAAGAUAAAGAGAACAAUAAUAGGAGUAAUAACAGCCAAGAUGAUGAUGGAAAUUUAGAUUCGUUACCGGUUGUAGAUAAUGGCGGAGGCGGCAGCGUUGGCGGUGGUUUUAGAGGUAGAUUCGCUUCUAGACGCGUCGGCGGCGGAUUGAGACCAUUGUCUGGUACGUUAAGGUAUAGAUUAUUGAGAAGAGCAUGGCGACCGGUGCUGGUAACGAUUCCUGAGUAAUUUUUUUAUGCUGGAUAAAUUGAAAAUAAUUUCCAUUUUUUGCUAAAUUAAGGAUUAAUUUCCUUUUUUUCUGUUCAUAGAUUUUUGUUUUGAUUAGUUAUUUAAUUUAAAAAAUAUUUUCGAUAAA